AAGAUGGCGGCGCCCGUGGAAGUCUGUCACGUCGCCUGCUGCGCCAACCGGGCGGGCGGCGGGGCCGUGUCCUGGGGGCGGGGGGGGCUCCUCGCCUUCGGCAGCUGCCACGACGUCAUCCUCUACGAGCCGGCGGGGAGGCGGGCGGCCGCUGCCCUCCGCGGCCACGCCGGUAGAGUGAACUGCGUGCGCUGGGUCCGCCGGCGGGACGGCGCUCCUGAAGCAGAGUUAGUUUCUGGUGGGUCUGAUAAACAACUCAUUCUCUGGGAAUGGAGUGGAACAGGAACAUGGAAUAAUCAGCUUGUGAAAAGCAUUCCUCUCAAAGGCCAUGCUGAAGCUGUUUGUGCUGUGGAUGCUGUCUACCAGUCAGAUGAACCUGAUGUAAAUCUGUUAAUAGCUUCUGCAGCUUCUGACUCUACUGUGAGAAUCUGGUCUCGGCAUGGUUCAGAAGCUAAAUGCAUUGAAAUUCUGCAGUUUGGAAAUGGAUUUGUUAUGGAUGUCUGCUUAUCCUUCUUGCCUGGCAGCAAUGUACCAAUACUGGCUUGUGGUGGUGAUGACUGCAAAAUAAGUUUGUUUAUACAGCAGAAUAGUCAGUUUCAGAAAACAUUAAUACUCCCUGGCCACGAAGAUUGGAUAAGAGGCGUUGAAUGGGCAGUCUGUGGUGAAGACCUUUUCUUAGCAAGCUGUGCUCAGGAUUGUUUGAUAAGAAUUUGGAAAGUGUGUACAAAAUCAAAGCAACUUCCAGAAACUGAAGAUGAUUCCAUAAGAUUGAAAGAGAAUUUUUUUACUGUCAAAAAUACUGAUACAACAUAUGCAAUUACUUUGGAAUCGGUGUUGGCUGGUCAUGAAAACUGGGUGUAUGCAGUUCACUGGCAACCUUCAUUUUCCAAAGAUGGCAGCAUGCAACAACCAAUGAGGAUAUUGUCUGCGUCAAUGGACAAAACUGUGAUCGUAUGGGAACCUGAUAAGGAAUCUGGAGUCUGGUUGGAACAGGUACGGGUAGGUGAAGUGGGUGGCAAUACCCUUGGAUUUUUUGACUGCCAGUUUAGUCCAGAUGGUUCAAUGAUAAUUGCUCAUGCUUUUCAUGGAGCACUACACCUUUGGAAGCAGGCUACAGUUAAUAAGAAAGAAUGGACUCCACAAGUUGUGAUUUCAGGACAUUUUAACACUGUAGAGGAUGUAAAGUGGGAUCCAGAAGGAGAAUUUAUCAUCAGUGUUGGUUCUGACCAAACUACUAGACUCUUCGCUCCAUGGAAAAGAAAACAAGAGACACAGGUAACCUGGCAUGAAAUUGCAAGGCCUCAAGUACACGGAUACGACAUGCGUUGUUUGGCAAUGAUUGGCAGGUUUCAGUUUGUGUCAGGAGCAGAUGAAAAAGUGCUUCGAGUUUUUCGUGCUCCCAAGAAUUUUAUAGAAAAUUUCAGUAACAUCACUGGUAUUCCACUGGAGAAGCUGUGCUCCCAUUCAUCUGAUCUUCCAGAAGGUGCAACUGUGCCAGCUUUGGGAUUGUCCAAUAAAGCUGUUUUUGAAGGAGAUAUGGCUGUUCAGCAAGCUGAGGAUGAAGAAACAUUUAAUUCCAUUUCAAAUCAGUAUCCUGAGGUUUAUUUCCAACCCUUGAUCCUUACAGAACCUCCCCCAGAGGAUCACUUGCUGCAGAACACCUUGUGGCCUGAAAUUCAGAAACUAUAUGGACACGGAUAUGAAAUUUUCUGUGUUGCUUGCAAUAAUUCAAGCACUGUAAUUGCCUCAGCGUGUAAGGCUUCCAAAAAAGAACAUGCAGCAAUUAUUUUGUGGAGCACUGCUUCUUGGAAGAAACUGCAGAGUUUGUCAUAUCACAAUCUGACUGUUACUCAGCUGGCAUUUUCUCCUAAUGACAAAUUUUUAUUAGCGGUUUCUAGAGACAGGAAUUGGUCACUGUGGAGGAAACAAGACUCAUCAGAGUCAGGACCACCAGUCUUCAGUUGCUGUGCAUACACAGACAAAAAUACAGCUGUUCAUAGUAGAAUCAUUUGGUCUUGCGAUUGGACACCAGAUAGCAAGUAUUUUAUUACUGGCAGUCGGGACAAAAAGGUCAUUAUCUGGGGCCAGUGCAAUUUAUCUGUGACUACUGAAGGGGAUGUGUUGGAUUCAAUCAAGCCCUGUUCAACAGUACUGGAUGCUGGGGAUGCUGUUACUGCAGUUAGUAUCAGCCAUGUCCUUACUCCCAAUGGAAGAUAUAUCGUCGCAGUAGGCUUAGAGAAUGGGAAGAUUAUCUUGUACACAUGGAAGCAGAGUGGGCAAGAACCAGCACUGGCUGAUUGGACCACAUGUGUUGAGAUGCAUAACAGCCAAAGUCAUGCUCUUGCUGUGAAGCGUUUAUGUUGGAGACGUCAUGCGGGUAGAGCUGGACAUAAUGAUCAGAACAGCAGCGAGUGGUUGCAGCUUGCAAGUUGUGGAGCUGAUCACUGUGUUAAGAUAUUCAAUGUCAACAGAUUUGCUCUUUAGCAAAGACAGCAGGCCUGUCUGUGCAAAACAUUUUAUUUCAGUUUUUAGCUAUUUUGAUUGUUGAAUUUUCUGUUUUCUGCUGUGGAAAGUGAAAUAUCUGACAUAUUAAAGCAACUUGUGGUAGUUUGCAAUAUCAAAUAUUUUUGUAAUUCUGCAGUUCCAAGAAUAUGAAGUAUUUUAUAUGUUUUGGUUGGUGACUGUCCUGGAACUGAGGGAUGGGAGGUGGUGUAAGGCUUGGGAGAAGGAUAAAGAGACAGCUUUGUUCAUUGUGACUCCAAGGGUAGGUGGAAAGCUACCAGUACUUGGGUUCUUCUGUGCUUGUGAUUGCAAGUGGAGUAUUGAAUUGUUUUGAACUCCUUAUUCCUAUCAAACUUACCUGCCAGCUGGCAUGCCAGUGCUGGCAUGGUGUGUUUAAGCGUGUGCAGUUAACCAGAGAUCAAAUAUACAACUUUCUCUGAUGGCCUUCUGAAUGUGUAUUACAACCCUGGUACAAGUCUUAGACCACCUUACUUUAGAAGGAGUAGUUUGUGUUUGCAUGCUUGGACAGGCCUGUUGGUUUGUUUUUAUUCCUUCUUUCUGCUGUGCAGAGUGCGGGGCUCAUGCUUCUUGGUUUCAUGGGUCUUAAAGCCUAACUCACAGACCACGUAAAUCUUCUGGUGUCUCCUCUGUGUACUGGUGAGCCUACUCUGAGCAGAGUGCCGUAGAAGAGCCACCUAUUUCUUCCUGUGUUUGAGUGCUGUCCUGUACAGUUUGGGCUGGAAAAGCUUCCAAGUAUCACUAGGCAGGAGCUAAGUGGCGGCAGCCAUCCCUUAUUGUUGCCUUUGGGCUCCUCCUGACUUUUGAGUGCUCUGUAUCUGUUCUGGUGAAAAGAGGUUAACUUAGUCGUCCCAUAGUGUUGUAAUUUAUAUAGAAAGGUAAUAGAUGGUGAAUACUUCAGAAAGAAGCUUUUACAUCAGCAGGUCUGUAUCUGAUUCCAAAGUCUAAUUUAGAAAUUACUGAACUUUGGGAAUGAAAUUAUUUUUGUUCCAGAACCACUUGCUACCCAAAUUGGUAGUGCAGAAGUAAUGGGAAUGGGGUUUAACUUUAGUGUGUUGCAUAUUUAGAUGAAGAGUACAGUUCUUUCAGAGUGGGCUGAACUUUUUUCAGAAUAAUUAUAGGUUUUUUUAAAGGUUUUAUAUAUUUCAGCUUUUUAUUUUCAAUUCUGGUUUUCAGCACUAAAAAAAUAAUUUAAAAAAAUUAAUUAGGGGAAGAAAACCCCAACUUCCUAAUAAAGAUGCUUUGCUACA